AUGCAAACUGCAAAUCUAAACCUUUUUUAUCCACCAAUUUCUAAAGAAAUAAUGGAUUUAAAAUUAAAAGUCGAUAUUGAUACGCUCGAUACAAGUUCAAGAAAUAACAAUAUAUCAAAUCAACCCGAAAUAAUCGUGCUAUCCGAUUCAGACAAUGAGCCAGUGCUAGAAUCAACUUCGAAUUCAUUUAUCCGAUAUUAUGAAGAUUUACAAAUUUCUAGCAGCUCUGAAAGUGAAUAUUGUAGCGAUAAUAGCUUAAACGAUUGUGUAUCUAUGGAUAAUUUAAAUGAUAAUGAUAUAAUUGGAAAUAGUUUGAAAGAUGAAGACAUCUAUGAGGAUUUAAACGAUAAUGAUAUACUUGAAAACCGUUUGGAAAAUGAGGAUAACGAUGAGCAACCAACAUUUGCCAAAUUUGGCCGAAAAUUAAUCGUCGAUCAAGUUGAAUAUUAUCUUGAAUUUCAGGAAUAUCCGAAGACUUCUUUAACGGGUGUAGCAAGUGUUUAUAAUGUUUCAGGCUGGAAUCAUAAUGAUGCUAAAAAAAUGGUUGGAAUUUCCAAUAUCCAGUAUGCUCAUGGAGAUCCUGGAAAUAUUCGAUCUAUUAAAAAAUGUCCGUUCUUAGGUGUACCAGUUCAAAAAACUUAUCGAUCAUGUCAUAGUGUAAAAGUGUGUGAAUUCGGUUCAACUACUCUUAAUAUUGAACACACCUCAGUCGAUUUUGAAAAUCAAUUGUAUAAAAAAAUCUUUGAUGCAAACGAAUUUUCUAUUAAUACGUUCACACUAAACACAUACGGUCAAGCUCAUAAUACCCCAUGUCCAUAUGUUGAUCCAAUUACUAAUAUUCAUUGUAAUGGAGGUCCUGUACUUAAAGAAUAUAAACAGAUCGAUAAUACAUCAACUAUUCAAAAAUUUAUUGGAUGUCAAAAGUAUCAAUUUGGUCAGAAAGGGCAUCGUUAUAUUGCAAUUAGUCAGCCACAUCUUCACAAAACGGAUAAUCAAGUUUUAAAAGGAAAAUUAAUUAAUAAAGGAUAUUGUCCUGUGAAGUUUUAUCAUAUUUUGCCUAAAGACCUAACUGAAUGUCCAUUUAUUGUAAUAAUUUCUAUUGGCAUUCAUAAUCAUCCGCCUCCACCUCCAAUUAAAACUCCACAAAAUAUAAUUAACAAUCUACGAAAAAUUAUUGAAAGUAAACAUGAUUUAAGUCUUACAGCCCAUAAACUUCUUACAAGAAUUUUUAAUGAUGGUCAAUAUCUCAUUUUAUGUACUUGGAAAGAACAAACUGAAUUACUUUCUCAAGUAUUAUAUGUUGAAAUUGAUAUGGCGUUUAAAAGAAUCCAUGGUAUUACAAAUGAAUGGGAAAUUUGCGCAUAUAUUAAUCGUUAUCAAAAAA